AUGGGGAGGAAAAAAAUCCAGAUCUCACGCAUUCUCGACCAAAGGAACCGGCAGGUGACGUUCACCAAACGGAAGUUUGGGCUGAUGAAGAAGGCAUACGAGCUGAGCGUGCUCUGUGACUGUGAAAUCGCCCUCAUCAUCUUCAAUAGCGCCAACCGCCUCUUUCAGUAUGCAAGUACGGAUAUGGACCGUGUGCUACUGAAGUACACGGAAUACAGUGAGCCCCAUGAGAGCCGCACCAACACCGACAUCCUUGAGACCUUGAAGCGGAGGGGUGUAGGCCUUGAUGGGCCAGAGCUGGAGCCAGAUGAGGGAUCUGAGGGGCCGGGAGAAAAGCUGCGGAGGCUGGCAGGUGAUGGGGGCAAUCCAGCCCUGCCCCGACCCCGACUUUAUCCAGCAGCUCCCGCUAUGCCCAGUCCAGACAUGGCGUAUGGGGCUCUUCCCCCUCCAACCUGUGAUCCCAAUGGGCUUGGGGAGGCCCUGCCUGCCCAAAGUCGCCCAUCCCCUUUCCGGCCAGCAGCCCCCAAAGCCGGACCCCCAGGCUUGGUGCAUCCUCUUUUCUCCAGGGGCCACCUCACCACCAAGACACCACCCCCAUUGUACCUGGCAGCAGAGGGCCUGAGGCCAGACCUGCCUGGGGGCUUGGCUGGAGGCUGUGGAGGCUUGAGUACUUCGAGAGGCCUCUACAGCAGCCUGCAGAGCCCCUGCUCAGCCACAGCCCCUGGACCAUCUAUCGGGGGCUUCCCCUUCCUCCCUGCAGGCCCCCCAGAAUAUGGCCUAGGUGACCCACCACCUCCCCCUGGCUUGCUGCAGCCUCCUGCCCUGGCUCCCUGGCAGCCCUCAAGAGGGGAUGGCCCCCCGACUGCCUCAGCCCAGCCCAGCGGAGGCCGUGGCCUGGGUGAGGAGGGCCCCUCCACCCGCGGCGCCUCCCCGCCAACCCCCCCAAUCAGCGUCAAGUCCGAACGCGUCUCGCCAGCCCCCGGGGGCCCGGGCGACUUUCCCAAGACCUUCCCUUUUCCGCUGCUUCUGGCCCGGCCCCUGGCAGAGCCGCUGCGGCCUGGCCCCCCCCUGCGCCGGCUACCCUCAGGGGAUGUCUGGUCUCGGCGAAGGACCUGGGACAUCUGCCUCCAGCUCUCCUCCAAGAUGACCCAGCAAUACGGCUCUGGGGUUCGGGUUCGAUGGGUGACGGGGGCUGAACUCAUCCAGGGUCACGAGUUUGCCUGUCCUCCACCCCACCCCCACCCCCACCCCGUGUGUAUCCAUUCAUCAAUAAAAUACCAGCGCACCCAAGUGGUGAACCUGGUGCCAGUCAUCGCACCGAAUCCACCCCCUUUCCAGCACCCAGCCCCAGAAGACCCUAAGACUUGA